AUGGCGCAGGCGUCGCAUCCGACCUUCAUCAACCUCCCGCCUCCGAGCUCUCGACCAGACACUCCGUCUGAGGUGCCUGGAACGCCCACCAGCACCACCACCUCUCUCUCCGCGCUCUCCACCACUGCUAUCAAGGACGGCCAUCGCGGCCACUUCCCGCCGGGGUCCUUCAGUCGCGGCCACCAGCACAACCCCUCUACCACCAGCCUCGAGGCUGAGCGCGCCGAUCGCAUAUCCCGUCUCGCCGGCCUCGAACGUGUCUCGACUCUCCGCGCGCCGCCUCCUGGGUCCGCCCCCGGUGCCGCCUCAUCCAUCUCUCCCCAGACCACCCCGACUUCUACGACAGGCUUCCCGACCAAUUUCCCGCCCAACUUCCCCGCGACCCAGCACUUGACGCCCGCCUACUUCGACAGCAAUGGCCAGCCCGUUGCCGUCACAAAGAUGAGCACCGUUGGUACGGCCAGCGCAACCGAGAGCCACAUUGACGACGGCGACGACGGGCGCACUACCGCGGGCGAGCGAGAUGAGGACAUGCUUAGCACCGGCACCAAUUACCGCGAGGCUGAUUCCAUCGCCAGCAUGGGCGCAUAUCCCGAUGACCGCAUGGAUGAGGAUCUCGACGGCAUAGCUACCCGCUCUAUCGGAGGCUAUGACGAUCGCAUGAGCGACGACGGCUCUGCCUCCCUGGUCGGCUUCGGCGAGGGCGCCGGCAGCACCGUCUCCGGCCCCAUCUACCACCGCCGGCCGGCGCCUGGCUCCGCCACUGCGCAACAUAUCUGGGGUCUCGAGCGUACAAAUUCGGGCAUGAGUGAUGCGCGACGCGAACGGGAUAUCCAGAUGGGUGACAAUGCGCCUGUGAGUGCCUCGGUCCUGCAGGAGCGCCGAGAUGCGCGCAUGGUAGAUGGAGUAGCAACGGAUCCGACGUAUCAGGGGCAUCCCUACGAACACGACUCAUUCGUUGACACCACCUUCCGCGGGCCUGUGUCAGCUGCACAGUCACAAUCUCUGCCCGGCGGAGGCCAAGACACGGCCGAGAGAAUCAUACAAAGACUAGACAGCGGCGAGACGAGGGCGGGAUCCUCUGCCGGUCUGGUAGGGCCUGGUAGGAGCGGUGAACCUCUGGGAAAAUUCUACUUCGAAGGCGAAAGACGAGACAACUAA